GAAGGAAGGGCGAGGGCGAGAGUGCGUGGCGGGGUCCGCAGGCUGAAGCAAGAGCAGUGAAGUCACGAGCGAGUCUGUCUUUCUCGAGCCCGGGCCCGGGCCCCACAUGCCAGCUGCCUGCCUCGCAAGAGGAGAGGAGACGAGAGCAGAGGAGGCGAGUAGAGGACUCGAGUCGCGAAUGAGCCCAGAGGCAGGGGCCGGGAGGGGCAGAAAUGUUAGACAAGAGAGAAUGCACCAUUUCCCUCACCAUCACUCUCUAGAAUUGUGGCUUCUUCCUUCCUGUGACUUGUAAAGUGUCGUCGACGCACGGAGGCUUCCGCUCUUCUGGUGCACGAGUCACCAGCUCCCUCAACGCACGAGCAUUUGAGAGGUGACGAAGCAACGACCGACGACGAGAGUAGAGGAGAGGAGAGGAGAGGAGAGGAGACGAGAGACCGACCGACAGACGCAUCGGACAACAAAUCACCGGAGGAAACGAGAACAUUUGCUAGUCAGUGUGUGAGGACGAGUGUGUUCGUAGUUCGUGGCGAGGGGGCUACGGUGCUCUAGAAGCGACGACGGAAUUUAGUGGAGAAUCAUAACGGCUUUGAUUUUAUUUUUUGCUGGAGGGAGUAGCGAAGCAGUAUUGUAGGGAGGAGAAAGGCUGGCGAAUGGCUUCUAAUGAGAUUUUCCGAGUCGACACUUAUCGAUCUGACAUAAUGUGGCGAUUCUUUUGUUACUUAGUGUGAUCGACAAUGAGACAUUGCUGCGACAGGCUUGCGUGGCCUUUCCUGUCCAAACGAUUCUCUCAUGCGCGACAGCACAAUUUCGGUACUUCUGGAUUGACAGCUUUUUUCGCGUGAUCGAUUUUGUAUAUUCAACGGCAUUAGUGUGUGACGAACUGCAAAACUUCAGGACCCGGAGAGAUAGAUCCCGUCGCAGUGCAAACUGGUGACCUUCAAACGUCGGAGGAUCUCAGAAUGCCAAGGGGUGAUGUCGCCAGACAGAUUAGUCUGUACGCAGACAAUGCCCCGCCCGGUUGCAUGGGAGGCAUGCUGCACAUGUUUGACUGGAACAGCGCACUCCUCGGCAAGAAGCUUCUGACGGAUCCAGACUUCAACGAUGGCAUUGAAGCUCCGAGGAAUAGUCUCGACACGAUCUCGGGUGGAGGAGGCGGAAGCUUUGAGACGCCCAAAUGUAGUUCAGCCAAGAAAGAGGACAUUCCGUAUUCGUACAAAUUGGGGAAGGCGGGCGCUCCACCACCGAGGGAUCCCCCCAGAGAUCCGCCCAGGGAUUCCAUCUCCCUGGACAAUGAGAAGAGACGUCGAAGCACGAGCGUGGUUGCGCGUCUCAUGGGACUCGAUCCGCUGCCGGACGCGACGUCAACGCCGCCGCUGGCCCAGCAGCAGCAGCCACAGACCCCGUCGAAUCAGCCCAAGAUUUCCAAGGAGAAGCUGAUUAUCGCACAGAGGUUACUGAAAGAUGCGAAGGACGUGAAGGAUGUGAAGGUUGCGCCGGAACAUGUGAAAGCACAGGAUUCGAAAGCGGUGCAGCAAGUGAGAGGGCUCCCGGUGGAACAUGCGAGGCACUCCGAGUCCAAGUCUGCGAGGGAUGUCAAUAAUCCGAAAACCUCGCAGCGUGCUGAAGUGGACCAGCUCUCCGAGAAGGAGGAAGACUUCGAGCAUCUCGCGUUCCGCGAGCAUCCUCAGGAGAAGCAACUGCAGGAGUUCAAGAAGCAGUUCGCGACGAAAUUAGCCAUUCAGAGCCAUGAGAAUCGCCAGCGGCGGCAGUCGGAGUCGUUCAACCGCGAGGUGGAAGUCAAACGAAUUCUGGUGCAAGAGAAGAUGAACGAGGCCAAAGCUGUGCUGGCGCGCGGCGAGAGCAACCAAGAUCCCAAGCGGCUGGCGGCUGCGCUCGACAAGCUGAACAAAUCGCGCGAGUUCCAGGAGGUGCUCGAGGUGCUGCAGUCGAACAAGGAGUUCUUUCUGAAAUUUCUCCAGGAGCCGAACGCCAUCCUGUUCGACAAGCAUCUGCAGGAGCCGCUGACCGACGAGAACCUGUACAAUAAUGCGCCGCCGCAGCCCGUCGAGGUGCUCAAGAAGCCCAAGCCCGAGGCGCGGCCCAAGGACGAGAAGAAGAGCAAGGGCGGCAUCAGCCCCAGCUCCUUCGCCCGGCGCUUCAUGGAGUCGCGCCGCAGCUCCGAGCCCAAGCAGAAGAAGUCGCACGGCUCGUCCAAAUCGCGCACCGAGGACGAGCUGAGCCCCGCCGUUCCGUCGUCGUCCUCGACCACGCCGUCGGCCGCGCUGCUGCGCGACGCCAAAGCGCCCACGGCCGAGCGCGAGCUGACCGUGCGCACCUCGCACGAGCACGUCAAGCAGACCUCGUCGUUCGAGAGCUAUGGCAGCAAGAAGGACCCGUACUCGCCGGGCAAGAUCGUUCUGCUGCGCCCCGGCUCGAACGAGAGCACGGAGAUCGGCAGCCCGGCCUCGGUGCCGAGCUACUCGCCCAGGCAUUUCCGCUUGGUGAAGGACUCGUCGUCGUCCAAGGACCUGCGCAGCUAUCCCGUGGAGUCGCGAGUCGAGCAUCAGCAGCACUACCGCGAGGCCAGGAGCUCGUCCCGGGACAAGAGCCGGCGCAGCGUCGACUGCUGGGAGAAUUACGCCAGCGACGAAGCCGCGCGCCACGCGAAGGAGACCGCCCGGCACAGGGCCAAGGAGCGCGAGCGGUCGAAGGAGUCACGAGACAUUGCUCGCGACAUCAUUCGUGAAGCGAGGGCAGGCAUCGUUCGCGAGCUGGGCCGCGCGGAGGUGCCUUCUUCGCGCGUGGGCGAGGUCUCCCUGACUCGCAGCGGCAGCACAGGCCGGCGAAUUACUCUGCUCCGCAUGGCUCCCGACAGUGGAGAAGUCACCGGCAGCAGCGAUGGCGAGGGCACCCCUUCGAGCCUGGCUCGAGAUUACCACCACCAUCGAUCCGGUUCCGGGACCGGCCUGUCCAGCCCUGCCAGUGCGCGCACUGUCCGAUCUCAGGAUUCCGUGUCGUCCUUCACCAACAGCAAGAGCGCGGAAGGCAAACGACGAGACCGAGCCGCAGCGGACAAGGAGAAGGAAGCUGCAUUGCUCGCCGUGCAAUUGGAGGAGCAGCAGCAUCACCUGCAGAGAGGACUGUCCACUCCGAGAAAGUCCUCGUCGUCGUCUCCGAACGAUUCCAAUCGAUCCAGCUCACCGCGGCGGAGCUCUUCGCAGAUGUCGUCCAAGGUCUUGCGCAAAGCCAUAGUCGGCUCGCUGCUGGAAACUCAAGUGCUCUCGGAUGCCCGGCAGCAGCACUCGAUGGAGUCCUACCACAAGAGCAGCAACGAGAAAAUGCUGCUCCCCAAGCUGCUCUUGAAGGGAGAGCGCAUCGUGAGUAACAUUCCGAGUGAAGAUGAAAGCGCCGUCAAUUCUCCCAGGACUCUGCAGAGGUGCCGAUCGGUGCCCAAUGCUGCGCUUCUGCGGGAGCGAGCGAGGGCGGACACGGCCCAGCCGCAGCAGCAGCAGCAGCAGCAACAACCAACGCAGUCGACCCGAUCAACUAGCCCCUUGAGCCACCAGCGUUCACACGAACCAGCGGUGGUUCCCCCAGCUCGGUCUGUUGUGCAUCAUUCGGCGAGCAAGCCGUUUGCUGACUCGUACAAGAGGGGAGUGGAAGCUGUUGGAAGUCUGUUUGCCAGAGCCAAGAGCAAAGAGAGGAACAAAAUCUUUGUGAGGAGCAGAAAGAAAUCGCAGUCCGAUGAUCUCAGCAGUCACGAUUCGUCUUUGCAUUCGGUGGCCGCGACGGACGAUUUCUCCGGGGCUCCUUACGAGGUGAGCGACAUUGCCAGUCCGCUCGAGUGGAGCGGGCGGCUCAAUGUGCCUUCUCAAUGCGACUCUGAAGCUGAAGCCAGCGAGAUUUCGGACGUGAAGAGGAUGUCCAUCUGCAGCGAUGCUGCAACCUACGAACCCCAGCCUGCGGCUUCUCGACCUGUGGUCGAGCAAGACUUGCUCCAGGCCCUGUCCAUGCUCACUCCUCGUGGUCAAGUCCGUGUGAACGUAGAUAUGGCCACCGAUCAGUGCUGCACUGAAUCGGCCAUGGAACACUGCAACAGCCCGAUGGCCGCAGACCUAAGCUGCUCCAGCUCCAGGAGUACCAUCGUCACAGAUGUAUUGGAGGUUCCGGUCGUGGAGCAUACUCCAAGAAGUUCCAAAUAUCGCUCAAUAGCGACAGAGGAUUCAAGAAACGAGGACGAGGACGCUCUGGAAGGGUGCGCCGACAAAGGUGGACAGCCCAGCCCGAUUUCCGUGCUCGACUCGCCUUUCGAGGAGUUGGAGAGCCCCAGUCCUCACGAAUUCAAGGAGAUCACCUCGGACUUGCAAGAAUUGCGCCUGCGCCUGCGCCUGCUGAAGCUGGACGGCAACGACCGACCCAGACCCAGCCUGGACAGCACGGUCGAGAGCGACCUGGAGACGCCGCAGGUCGAGCAGUGCCGGGAGCUGGUGGUGCGCGAGGCCGAGAACUCGGCCGAGUCGACCGACUACGGCCUGGAAGCGUACCACGACGGCGCGACGCCCAAGUGCGACGCGGCGGAGGCGCUGAGCCAGGACCGCGCGCUGCUGGAGAGCGUGGACCUGGAGGGCGUGCCGUACCCGGACGGGCGCAAGGAGGAGCUGGUGUACGUGCGCGACCUGCUGGUGGCGUCGGAGUUCACGCAGAGCGCGGCCAAAGUGUUCACGCGGUGGCACUCGCCGACGCAGCCGCUGGACCCGAUCCUGUUCGAGAACCUGGAGGACUACUACGGCGGCAGCCAGCCGCAGUUCGUGGUGCAGGACGGGCACAUCCGCAGCAACCACGGCGCGGGCAAGGCCGACCACCGGCUGCUGUUCGACGCGGUGAACGACGUGCUGCUGAAGAAGCUGGGCCCGUACCUGACCUUCCACCCGUGGGUGCAGCCCAGCAAGCCGCUGCUGCUGCGGCCCAUGGCGUCGGGCCGCCAGCUCGUGGCCGAGACCUGGGCCGAGCUGUGCUCGGCGUUCCCGUCGUGCGCGGCCGACGCGUCCAGCAGCCUGCUCGAGCGCGAUCUGAGCAAGAGCCUGGACUGGAUGUGCCACCGCGAGAAUCUGGAGCAGAUCGGGCUCGAGCUGGAGCGCGCCAUCUUCAAUGACUUGAUCGACGAGACCGUUCUCUCGCUCGCUCAGCUCAGCCACUGAUGCUCCCCACUAAACGAACUAAUCUCACCCCCCACACGCAAGCACGCAUGCGCGCCUUGUUGUUGCGAUUUGCAUUCGAUCCUUUCAACCUCACCCAUGAUCAUGAUCCCUCGGCACGCAUUUGACGAGUCCCUCACCGCAAAUGCUUGUUAGUAACUUCACCCUUGCCCGAUCAAGUCGGCGAGCCCUCUCGCGUCCUAAUUUGGCCCCGGUCCUGUCCAUCCCCGACUGCGCUGUCCACGCCCACCCCGUCUCCGGGUCGUACACGGGCCCUGGCGCCAGGCCGAGAGGCCCGCCAGCUUUCCUCGCCUUCUUCUUGGAAGCCAUACGACGCACUCAAUUGCUGCUUCGGCUCCAUCGACCCUGGGUUGUUCAUCGUCACGAAGAAGAAGCCCCGCCUUCUUCUUCCGCGGGUUGGCUCGGGCAUCUUGACUGCGGAUUUCAGGAGCUGCUCUCUGGAUGUACAUAAAGUUGUCAGCGGGAAGACUCUCAGGAUCACGGUUUCUUCUUGAAGUUUAACGCAUCCAGAUGCACGACCGGUUGCGCAUCUCUCUCUGUCCCUCGCUCUCGCCCCUCGAGGCCCCGAGAGCGGCAGGAGAAGCGAGCCCAUUUCCUGCCAGGGGACGGCAUUCCUUCCUCGCAGGUGUCUGGAUUGUCUGAAAGCUCGACUCAGUCCAGAAGCGAUCGACCAGCUCCGUGGUAUCUCUGGAUAGAUGCCCUUUGUCCAACACGUGAAGAAGAAGCUCUAGAGAAGUGCGACCGUAACCGAACACAACAAACCAACCGUCGACUUUCGACCUUUUGAGUCUGGAAGAACUCCAUCGGUAUGAUGAGUGCACGGUAGUAUUGCAUAUUAUUGCAGCUCAUUUCAUUAUCACCACAAUAUGAUGUUUCUUCUCCUUCCCAAGCGAGUAAUUUAAAUACUGUAUGUAGAUUCAUUUUUAUCUCCACAUAUUUUCAAACCAAUACAGGCGUAGUCUUAGAGUGAAUAGACGAAGAACACUGUGAGGAGCACCACUCGAUGCUCAUCUGCUGUACAAGAUCGAGCUGUAAUAGAUGUGAUUCUUUCC